AUGAGGAGAUCAGGAGAGCAGCGGCUCGACCGCACCUUAAACGUUUGCUUUUUGAUUGUUUUUCAGGAGGCCGUAGAAAAGUACGAAGAAGUGCUGCAUAACUUGGAAUUUGCCAAGGAGCUUCAGAAAACGUUUUCUGGACUCAGCCAAGACCUCCUGAAAGCCCAGAAGAAGGCUCAGAGAAGGGAGCACUUGCUAAAGCUCGAGGCGGAGAAAAAGAAGCUCCGGACUAUAUUUCAAGUUCAGUAUGUCUUACAGAACUUCACCCAAGAACACGUCCAAGAGGACUUCAAAGGCGGCUCGAAUGGUGCCCUGUAUUUGCCUUCGAGAGAACUAGACUACCUCAUUAAGUUUUCCAAACUCACGUGCCCCGAGAGGAACGAGAGCUUAAGCGUGGAAGACCAGAUGGAGCAGUCGUCCCUCUACUUCUGGGACCUCUUGGAGGGGAGCGAGAAGGCCGUGGUAGGAACAACAUACAAACACAUGAAAGAUCUGUUGUCAAAACUGCUGACUUCUGGCUAUUUCGAAAGUGUUCCAGUUCCCCGAAAUAGCGUUCUGAAGCAGAAAGAAGAAGUGGAGGGAGAGAGGCCGGGGAAGUCGGAGAAGAAGCCGUCACUGCCACCGGACUCCACUAAGGAAUCAGAAUCUCUUAUGGAAUGUACCCAGCCUGAGAUACAACCGCAAGAGUUUCUCAACAGACGCUACCUGUCCGAGGUCCAGUUCUCCAGCCAGAAGCCAGAGGCAGAGCCGCCUUGGGAGGAGGCUUACGCCGGGAAGGCCCGUCUCACCAAGUGCUGGGAGAUGCUGGCCGACUUGGAGGGGCCGCCCGAGCGGGAGCCGCCGGGCUCCUGGGAUCCCGCCAUGCGGCAGGAGGCCGCCCCCGCUGGCUCGGCUCCGGGCCGGCUCGCUCCAGAGGGGCCGGAAUCACCCGGGAGGGAUCCGCAGGGAGGGCCUGAGGCCCAGGAAGCCGUUCCCGGGCCCUGGGAGGCCGACGGGCCUCCUCCGAGCGCUGCCUGUGGCCCGGAGGAGCAGGAGAGCCGGGAGCCCCAGAAGCCCUGGGCCGCGCCUCUGCACGAGGCCCCGGAGCCCGAGAAGCGGCCCCCCAAGUCCUGGGCGCCUGCCACGCCGAGCGAGCAGAAGGCCGCGGGGUCCUGGCCCGCUCCGGUUCACGAAGAGCCGUGGGAAGCCCGUGCGGAGGGCCAGAAGCGGCCUCUGCUGCAGCCCGUACAGCCUCCCUCCAAGGCCUGGGGGCCUCCGGGCGGCCUCGUGGGGAGCGGCCAGCGGAUAGCCAGCCCGUAUGCGGCGGAGCCCCGAGAGGUGAGUCGGGGGUCCUUCGCGUCCCGUGAGCGGGCAGAGAGCGCGUCGCGGAGGGGCCUCCGAGCCUCUCCCAGCCCGCCGAGGGUGCUCCCAGCCUUCUGCGCUUCCCGGACGCUGCCCGCGCCGAGAUCCGCCUUGGCCUUCGUGCCGGCCUUCUGGGUGCCUCCGCUUCUGGAUGAGGCCACAGAUGCCCCUCCCACCCUGCCCAAGGACUCAGCUCUGAGGAAGGAGAAGCUUCAGGAUCUGAUGACGCAGAUUCAAGGAACAUAUAACUUCAUGCAGGAGUCGGUCCUGGACUUCGACCAGCCUCCAAGCGCCGUGCCUUCACCGCAGCUGCCUUCAGGGAUUCCGGAUAGCCCAGAAGCUCCCGUGGAGCAGCCACGACCCGGCCAAAGCGACUUUCUUCAGGAGCCAUCGCAGGUAUUCCAUGUGAAUGCACCUUUGCCUCCCCGGACAGAGCAAGAGAUGAAAGACUCACCGUAUUCAGGGGGAUAUAAUCAGAGUUUCACUACAGCGAGUACACAGACGCCACCCCAGUGCCAGCUGCCAUCUCUGCAUGUAGAGCAAACGCCGCUCUCUCAAGAGCAGACGGCGAACUGUCAGCCUGAUGGAGCGAUCCAAGUAAGCAGCGGUAGCCCUGCCUUUUAUCCCGCACAGAGUAACGUGUUCCCCAGAUCCACCCCGUCGUAUCUCAGUAACCGAGGCUCCAUUAGAGGCUGCCCCCGUGGUGGGAGAUCCCUGCCCAAUUCCUUCCGCUCCUCAGCUGGAUAUAAAGGUUUUGAUACUUACAGAGGAUCCCUUGUCAUUGCCAAUGGCAGUUAUGGUCAACUGCAAUUCCAAGCUAGAGAAUAUCCUGGAACACCAUAUUCCCAAAGGGAUUCUAACUUCCAACAGUGUUAUAAACGAGGAGGAAUCAGCAGUGGCCCCCGGACAAGCUCAAGAGCAGGCUGGAGUGAUUCUUCUCAGGUGAACAGUCCGGAACGAGAAAACGAAACCUUCACCAGCGUCGAUUCCGGCCAGGGAGACUCUCGUAGCCUGACGCCUGUGGAUGUGCCAGUGACGAGUCCGGCAGCCACCAUCUUGCCAGUACAUGUCUAUCCUCUCCCCCAGCAGAUGAGAGUGGCCUUUUCAGCAGCCAGAACCUCCAACUUGGCCCCUGGGACUCUGGACCAGCCCAUUGUGUUCGAUCUUCUUCUGAACAACUUGGGCGAAACGUUCGACCUCCAGCUUGGUAGAUUUAAUUGUCCAGUGAAUGGCACUUACGUGUUCAUCUUCCACAUGUUAAAGCUGGCAGUGAACGUCCCGCUGUACGUCAACCUGAUGAAGAAUGAAGAAGUCUUGGUGUCGGCUUACGCCAACGAUGGUGCUCCGGACCACGAGACUGCGAGUAAUCACGCAAUUCUUCAGCUCUUCCAGGGAGACCAGAUAUGGCUGCGGUUGCACAGGGGAGCCAUUUAUGGAAGCAGCUGGAAGUACUCUACUUUUUCAGGAUAUCUUCUUUAUCAGGACUGAAAACCGGCUAGAAAAUUCUGUUACACGAAGCUCCUUCUCACGAUUGGGGAUUAAAGGAGAAAGUGACCGUUCGCUUAUUAGAGGGAAAAUGUUGUUUCUGGAGGAACGAGGAGGUCCUCUUCCUUCUCCUUCUGCCCCUCUCCUCCCAUUCCUCCCCCAAGUGAAAUCCCAAAGUUGAAUGGCUAACUCAGCAUUGAUCCAGCACCUUAUAAGUUGUGAUGCAGCCUCGCUAGUAAAGCUGUGAAUGUAUGUUAUUUGCCAUGACUCUUUAAAACUGUAUCAAUGUCCAAGCUUCCUACCCCGACUGCCUCGAGUUCAGCUAAGUUACAAUGCCUUGUUGUGCCUCAAUAAAACAGUGAUACGC